GAGUUUAGGUCAAAACAGCUUUCGAGUUCUUCGACUAAAUCCUCACUGCAAUACCCUUCUUCUCCCCUUCUUCCUCCGACUUUGCAUCUCGCCUUGCCCUCCCUCUUCGAUUCUUACAAUCCGAUCUCCUCUCAGAUGCGUCCGGGAGCUGUCGAAAUCUUGCAGUCGGCAGUUCUUGUUGGAGGAGCCCUCUCCUCCAGGAAAUGGCCAAGCCGAAUGCCCCCCGGAGAAGGUUCGUAUCGGCGCUUGGGUAUGAGGAACCUUUCGAGCUAUCGUCUUAGAUGUUCUGCGAACUCCAGCGGCUUCGGUUCGUACCGCGACAAAGAUCCGUUCUUACGCCUACAUCCUGAAGUUUCCCUGCUCCGUGGAGAGAGGAGCGAGCCUGUUAAUGGUCCGAUGGAGAAGGCAGGUGCUGCCGUCGUUGAGAAUUAUAGAGAUUCCGUUGCUGAGAGCCACUAUAACGAAGCCAAGAUCAAGGUUAUUGGCGUGGGUGGCGGAGGCUCCAACGCGGUCAAUAGAAUGAUUGAGAGUUCCAUGAAAGGAGUGGAGUUUUGGAUCGUCAAUACAGAUGUGCAAGCGAUGAGGAUGUCUCCUGUCUUCCCUGAGAACCGGUUGCAAAUUGGUCAGGAGCUAACUAGGGGACUUGGAGCUGGCGGGAACCCUGAUAUCGGUAUGAAUGCUGCCAAUGAAAGUAAAGAGUCAAUCGAAGUGGCACUUUCUGGUUCUGACAUGGUUUUUGUCACAGCUGGAAUGGGUGGCGGGACAGGAACUGGUGGUGCUCCUGUAAUUGCUGGAAUUGCUAAAUCCAUGGGCAUCUUAACUGUGGGUAUAGUUACGACCCCAUUUUCAUUUGAAGGAAGAAAGCGCACAGUUCAAGCACAGGAAGGAAUUGCAGCUUUGAGAAACAAUGUUGACACUCUUAUAAUUAUCCCAAAUGACAAAUUAUUGACUGCUGUUUCACCCAACACUCCUGUGACUGAAGCAUUUAACUUGGCUGAUGAUAUUCUUCGACAAGGUGUUCGUGGAAUCUCUGAUAUAAUCACGGUUCCCGGUCUUGUCAAUGUUGAUUUUGCUGAUGUGCGCACAAUUAUGGCAGAUGCAGGUUCAUCUUUAAUGGGUAUUGGUACUGCUACAGGAAAAACAAGGGCAAGAGAUGCUGCACUAAAUGCAAUUCAAUCACCAUUGCUUGACAUUGGAAUUGAACGUGCAACUGGCAUUGUCUGGAACAUUACUGGAGGAAAUGAUCUGACCUUGUUUGAGGUCAAUGCUGCAGCAGAAGUCAUAUAUGAUCUUGUAGAUCCAAAUGCAAAUUUGAUAUUUGGUGCAGUUAUUGACCAGUCACUUGGUGGUCAAGUGAGCAUAACACUGAUUGCUACUGGUUUCAGACGCCAGGAGGAAAGUGAAACUCGAAUGCAGGGAACACAAAUUGGCGUAGAUAAUCUCGGAAUAAGCAGACAGAAAUUGCCUUCCAGCGAAGGCAGUAUGGUAGAGAUUCCCGAGUUCCUAAAGAGAAAAGGGCGUCCACGCUUUCCCAGGAUUUGAUCCUGGAAACUGUUUUUUUUACCUUCGAAAGCUGCUACUUUCCUUUGCCAAUUUUCUCGUCAUUAUAGAUCUCCAUGCCCUUUUCGCUUGUUUUCGAUAAAUAGAAGUGCUUGUAGGCUUGUUUUGUAUAUGUUACUAGGAGACUAGCCAAGCGAUAAUACAUUGUGUUUUGCCUGAUUCUCUCGAUUACUGAAAUUUGUAAAAUAAACAAGUUGGAACAUUAGAGAGCUAAACUCGUUUGGCGAAGUUCACCAAUAAUAUCCGAAAACUCGUUUGAUUUGUAUUA